UCCGAUCCCCUUGUUGUGUACCGGCUUAAUACCGUAACUUACGGAACAGCCUCCGCGCCUUAUCUAAGCAUGCGUUGUCUCAAACAGCUGGCAUUGGAAUGCAAUGAUGACGUCAUCGCUCGUGUUAUCAAUGACGACUUCUACGUAGAUGACCUAAUUACGGGUCAUGAUGAUAAAUCCACAUUAUUAAAAACAUGUGACCAAGUUUCUAAAAUACUAAAGUCUGGUUGCUUGCCAUUACGAAAAUGGUUAUUUAAUUCUGAAAUCUCCAAUUCACCGUUUGAUUCUAAAGAACUUACAUUGGGAGAUAAUUGCCAAACUAAAACAUUAGGGUUAGGGUGGUUUUCCGCUUCGGAUGAAUUGCAUUUUAGUACGAUGUUUGUUCAAGAUGCAACCCGAAAUAAUAAUAUAACUAAACGCACAAUUUUAUCAAUCAUAUCUCAAAUAUAUGAUCCUUUGGGAUUGUUAUCACCUUCCAUUAUUAUCGCAAAAAUAACUUUACAAAAAUUAUGGCUAUGCAAAACAGGUUGGGAUGACCCGGUGCCACAAAACAUUAUUUUAUCGUGGAAAAAUUACAUUAAUAAAUUACCACAUUUACAAACCUUACGUAUUCCCCGUCAUGUUAUUGGCGAAAAUACAAACGUAAACGAAUUGCACAUUUUUACGGACGCAUCGCAAGAUGCCUACGGCGCUUGUGCCUAUGUACGUAGCUAUAUUGAUGAUCCUCUCCUAGUGCGAGUACCAAUUAAAACCUGUUUAUUGUGUGCAAAAAGUAAAGUCGCGCCAGUCACUACGGUCAGUGUUCCGCGAUUAGAACUCAACGGAGCGUUGUUAGGGGCAAGGUUAUAUAAACAAAUAAUUAAAUCUCUUAGAAUCACGUUUGAUAAAGUAUGUUUUUGGUCAGACUCGACUAUUGUGUUAGGGUGGCUUAGGAUGUCACCUAGUCUAUUAAAAACAUAUGUACAAAAUCGUGUUGUUGAAAUCAAUGAAAUAACAAACGAUUUACCGUGGUAUCACGUGGCGGGAAGCCAUAACCCUUCUGAUCUGUUAACUCGCGGCAUUCAAUUCGAUGACCUACAAUCGUCGGACUUGUGGUGGCACGGGCCAACAUUUUUACGUGAACCUAACCUAAACUGGAUACAUGAAGGUGUACCUAACGUGAACUACGAUGAGUUACCGGAACUCAAACCUAUUAAAACCGCAAUGAUCCGAACGACUUACUCCCUUUAACCCCAGCUCAUUUCUUGAUUGGCCGGCCGCUUACUGCGCCGCCUGCUCGCAGAGACCUCACCGCCACAGCUGCGCAGCGCCUCACUCGCUAUGACCGCGUCGAACAGAUGCGUCAGCAUUUUUGGAGCCGCUGGGCUAAGGAAUACAUAGCUGAACUUCAGAAACGAACCAAAUGGCAGAACCACAAUGAAACCAUAGAAAACAACAUGAUGGUACUAAUAAAGGAAGACAACCUGCCUCCUCUCAACUGGCGGGUAGGACGAGUCAUUCACACAUUCACAGGGAAAGACGGCCUCUCACGUGUCGCAAACAUUAAGACUUCUACGGGCAUUAUUCAACGGACAUUCCCUAAAAUAUGUCCUCUUCUCACACACAACGAAGACAGAGAACCUCGACCUAAACAUGAAGACAGAGAACAUAUUUCCACCGCUAGGGACAGCAGCUUCUUGGAACCAGCAGUCCAGCAGCUUCCAAGGCCGGGGGCAUGUUAACAAGCGCACAAACGAAACGCAUCCACAUCGCGUGGCGCCACCUAUCGAUUAUUAUGCGAUGACGGUCUUCCGGUUCCUGCAGCGGCCGCCACAUUCGUCUCAUACCUUUUUUCGAAACACAUAUUAUCACGACGUCGUCUAAUACGCACAUCGCUUAUUUUACUGUAGACUUACCUACCUUUGUUCUAAAAUAAAUAAAUUUGUUAACAACGUAAUAAAGAUAUUCAUUGAAGAGCGCCUGCACACACCCAUAAGAAAAAAGGAGACG